GCAAAAGGACUGCAGGGUACGUGUGCCAGCUUUGUUCCUUUACGUGCUGUGAUGUCCACCGUAAUGGCAGAUCUGAGAGCAGCAGGAGCUGGCCUCGGGGAGGAGAAGCUGUCUGGUCUGGAGGAGUUCAGUGGAAGAAAAGAGCAGUCAGAAAAGAGGCUCCGCAGCAGCUGCGUGGCUGUGAUGGCAUUGCUGAGCCUGGCGGAGCCUCUCAGCGCAGCACAGAGAGGCGGGGGGAGAUGCACAUUGGGAAUGGGGCCAGGAAGGGGACCCGCAGCUGGGACCACUCUGCCCAGUGCCAACAGCAUGACUGGACAUCUUGGCAAGGAGACCUGAGCUAGUCCUGGGUAGAACGCAACCCACCAGUGAAGGAUAAGCUGUGGGUCAACAUUGGAGACGGUUGCACUCGGACCCCAGGAUUAGCUGGCUACCAAACCAUCAGCUGUGUUGCUUUUUGUUUGAAAUCAGAUGUGUUUCUUUAAUGGAUGGUGUAGGAGGUUUCUCCUGUCGUUCCAGUGACUAACCACGACUGCCUGCUUUUGACUGCCCUGGUGGCUGGAGCCGGAAUGCUCCCUGCUUCCUCGUUCCUGAAGGUUCAGUGCUUGCGCUCACCACCCCUUAGCUGGCUUCAGUUAUUUAAGCCGGACAGCCCAGGAGAAUGCGAAGGACAGGGGCUGUGUGGAACCGUGUGGGACCUUCGGGCACCUGGUGUUUGGCUUGUCUGCGUAGGUGCUGUGACCAUGGCGUCCCAAGGCCAGGUCGUUUUCUGGAGCACGACUAUGGUCAUUAUCAUCCUGGCUGCGGUGAUUGCCCUGAUCAUCGGCUUCGGUGUCUCAGGCAAACGCUCCAUCAGCGUGACGGCGCUGACGUCUCCGGGGAACAUCGGCCAGCGCGGCGUCCUGGGCUGCACUUUUGAGCCCGACAUCCAGAUGGACAGCAUAGCGAUCCGGUGGGCCAAGGCGGGAGUCGCUGGGCUGGUUCACGAGUUUAAAGGUGGGAAGGACCGCCUGCAAGAGCAAGAUGCAUCGUUUCAGGGCCGCACGGCGGUGUUCGCGGAGCAGGUGAUCGGCGGCAACGCUUCCCUGGAGCUGAGGGACGUGCAGCUCUCGGACGCUGGCACCUACCGGUGCUCGGUCACCACGGCCAAAGGGAGCGGGGCGGCGGUGCUGCGGUACAGAACGGGAGCUUUCAGCACCCCCAAGGUCCACGUGGAGAACAGCGGCAGCGGGGACACGCUGCAGUGCGAAGCACCGCGCUGGUUCCCCCGCCCCACCGUGCACUGGACAGCCUGCAGCGCCGCCGGGGAGCACCUGCCACACGUCGCCAACACCAGCUACGAGCUGAACGCUGAAAACAUCACUCUGAAGGUGGUCUCCUUGCUGCACAACAUCACUGCUAACGCUACCUACACCUGCGUGAUUGAAAACAACAUUGCCAAAGCUACGGGCAACGUCAAAGUGACAGAUUUCAGCAUUACAAGGGGGACCAACUUGCAGCUGGUGAGCCUGCAGGCAGAGUCAGUGUCCCGCUCCCUUCCAGCCUGUCACUGGAUGCUUCUGCUUCCCCUGUAUCUGCUGUCGAUAUAAAGCCUCUAUAAAACAAUCAGAAACACCGCUGGGCCUGGAGGUAAGCUCAGCAUGGGGAACCGACAGGAAUAUAUGCUCGGUAUGUGUAGACCCUCUUGCCGAGCCUGGUUGCAGCAGCAGACCUGGCUCAAGCCUGCCAGAGCGGGAGGACGCGCCUUGCCCCUGUGCCCAUCCUUUCCCCAUCCCCAGCUCUAGGUGGGACACAUGGCUCGUCCCUCCCAUGGGCUCCCUGAUGGCUUCUCCCAUCAUUUUCUGCAACCUUAGAGAUUCUUCUCUUACACUAUCACCUGUCAUCUCUUACUUGUCCUCUCCUUCUCUCUUCCUUCCCCCCUCUGACCCGCGGGACCGUGGCCGCAGUUCACGGCUGCGAGGCGCCGGGGCCUUUCUCCUCUCCCUCCCCACAUGGCUGCAGCACAAGCCUUGUUUGCACCCACUUUGCUCAGACAACUCCACUACACAGUGGAGGCCCUUCAGUAAACCGUACCUGCCACGGACACCUCGAACAGGCCCAGAGGGAGCUGCCAGCCGCAGCAAUCCCGUGUAGACCCACAAUGAGGAGGGCUGUGGGCAGCCAGAGCACAAAGCCUUUAGUGUUCAUCUGCUUGGGGUGGCAGGCCUCAGAGGCAGACUGGUGAUGGAGAGCUACGGAAAAUCAGCUAAAAGGAAUGUCUGUCUUUCCACGCAGAACAGUUACGACAGCUGCCCUGACGACAGAAUGCGCUGCAUGCUUUCCUGCCUCUCAGGCCGAGAGCUUAUCCCAGUUCCAGAGGAAGCAGUAGCACAAACAUGAAGCCAGCUGAUUUCUCUUGUAUCAUUAUUUCUUACCCAUGCCAACAACAGGGUGCUUUGGCUUCAGAAAGAGAGUGAGGAAUACGAUAAGGAGAGUUGCAUAAAUAAAGGAAAAAAUCUUGAGCACAGGAACAAGAUGUGUUCUCUUCUCUGGAGUAACCCAGUGACCAGAACUGAUCAUGGGCAGAAGCUCAGAGGCAAACAGGAAAAGCGUUUCCUGCAAUACAUCUGAGAACUGCUCCUUCAAACUCAGAGUGCUAAAAGUAAGCAAAUCUUAAUUGUCCCCAAAUGGAUUGGAUUGAUCCGUCUCACCUCGUGAUUUCUCUGAAUGUAUGAAUAAAACUGUAAACAACAGAGCAGCCAGCUAUUCUUUCCAGUCUUCCAAGACUGUAACCAGACUCCUUUCUGAAAAAGAAGUUGUGAAUGGCAAACCAGCGACGGGUUAGAACAACGCUAACAGGCUUGGAAUCAGCGUUGGGUCCUCACCCUGGCAAAGGCAAACCGUGUCUGAAGUCCUGCGUGAGGACCGAUGACGGCAUUUGUGUAACGUGAAAUAAAAGAGGAGCAGAUGAGUAGCGAGCGUGGCAGCAGACAGAAGACUAGCAUACAUCAUGAGGAAAAGAGGGAGGCUGGUAAGGUACUACUGGAAAGUUCAAAGCCAAAAGUAAACACAGUUAUUAAACAUAGAUAGGGCUAGAGAGAGAAAUUUGCCUUUUUCGUUUUUAAAUAUGUCUCUGUUAUUAGCACUUCCUAUUUCUGUAGCACUGCUACUAUGUUAUUCGGAUUGCAGGACUACUUUCAGUUGCACUUUUAAAUCAGAUUUUGAUCUCUUCAUCUUACAUCACUUACGGUCAACAUUUUCCUCAGGCUGAGAUAGUUUAUUGGGGGUGUUCGUUUUGUUUUCUUCAGAGAGGGUAGGGGUGUAAGCAAAACCUUUGCUAUUUUGCAGAAAGCACCUACAGAAAAAGAGACUGUCACAGCAAAGCUUGUGUAGACCUUUGCUUUAAGCAUCUUUAAGAUGGAGGCUCAGAACUUUGCUGAAUGGUGGCAUAUGUCAGGUCUUGUACCGCUUGAGAGGGAAGAUACUUCUACUUCACACAUGCUCAGUAAAGCCACUGCCUGAAGUUUAAUACAGAGCUCAAACUACAGGGGGAGGGGGAAAGGCAGGGGGGAAACACUGAACAAACAAAACCCAAACCAGCAUACCUGUUUACACAUGCUGUUGGCACUACACACCAAGUAAGGUAGGGGAGUAAUUACAUGGAUGUAAUUUUGCCAAAAGCAGGGCAGAAUGCUUGGUCACUGCUGCAAGCAGAUGGGAGAGAGGAAUCUUCAAAUGGUGAUCUCCCACGUGUUGCAGCAGCUAGUCUGCCGUGCCGCCUGUCAUAGUCUUCCUCAUGAGGAACAGACGGGCCAGGCUGUAGCAUGUUGUGAGGCUGUAUCACAGCUCACUGCCUUCCUCUUGUUACCAGCCCCACUGCUUAAGCUGCAGAGCAAUACCCAUAUAAUGCUGCGAUUUAAAACCAUGAUUUAGAACCACAGACCCAUAGAAUCAUUUAGGCUGGAAAAGAUCUAAGAUCAUAGAGGCCGCCUGUUAACCCAGGACUGCCAAAUCCACCCCACGCCAUGUCCCUAAGCACCAUCCAUGGGUGGAUUUGAACACUUCAGGGCUGGUGAUUCCACCACAUCCAUGGGCAGCCUGUCCCAAUGCUUGACCACCCUUUUGGGGAAGAAUUUUUUCCUAAUAUCCCAUCUAAACCUCCCCUGGUGCAACUUGAGGCUGUUUCCUCAUCCUGUCAUUUCUUACCUGGAAGAAGAGACCUACCCCCACCUGCCUACAACCUCCUUUCAGGUACUUGUAAAGAGCAGUAAGGUUCCCCACUGAGUAUCCUUUUCUCCAAACAGUCUCCUUUAAUCUCCAAACAGUAACUUACUCACUUCCCUUCUCUUCUUGGAGGAAGGAAGUGCUUGAAAAACAUAAUUUUAACAAUUUCAAUUAGGUUAAGAAGAC